AUGGCCUUCGUCAAAGCUCAAAAGUCCAAGGCCUACUACAAGCGGUUUCAAGUCAAGUACAAGAGAAGGCGAGAGGGAAAGACUGAUUACCGAGCCAGAAUUAGGCUCAUUAACCAAGACAAAAACAAGUACAACACACCCAAGUAUCGGUUUGUUGUGAGAUUUACCAACAAGGAUAUUGUUGCCCAAAUUUUAUCUGCCAGCAUUGCUGGCGAUUUGGUUCUUGCUGCAGCCUAUGCCCAUGAGCUGCCAAGCUAUGGACUUGAAGUCGGCCUCACAAACUAUGCGGCAGCUUACUGCACUGGCCUUCUCUUGGCUCGUCGUGUCUUGAAGAAGCUUGAGAUGGAUGAUGAAUAUGAGGGCAAUGUUGAGGCUACUGGUGAGGACUAUUCUGUAGAGCCAGCUGAGAGCAGAAGGCCAUUCCGUGCUCUUCUUGAUGUUGGCUUGAUUAGGACAACCACUGGAAAUCGUGUGUUUGGUGCCUUGAAGGGUGCGUUGGAUGGUGGGUUGGAUAUCCCACACAGUGAGAAGAGAUUUGCUGGUUUCUCCAAGGAUAGCAAGCAGCUUGACCCUGAGGUGCAUCGCAAGUAUAUCUAUGGCGGUCAUGUUGCUGCAUACAUGAGGACUUUGAUGGAGGAUGAGCCCGAGAAAUAUCAGACUCACUUCAGUGACUAUAUCAAGAAAGGAAUUGAAGCAGAUAACAUUGAGGCCGUGUACAAGAAAGUUCAUGCUGCCAUCCGUGCUGAUCCUACAGCAAAGAAGAUUGAAAAGCAACCUCCCAAAGAACACAAGAGGUACAACCUCAAGAAGCUUACAUAUGAGGAAAGGAAGAACAAGUUGAUUGAGCGAUUGAAUGCCUUUAACUCAGCUGCUCAAGACCAUGACGAUGAUGAGUGA